AGAUCUCUACAUGUCAUUAACGACAUGGACAUCACUAUUAAUAGUUCUCGGGCUUAUUUAUCGAGUCCGACCACAGUCACCCCAAUGUCCAGAGAGCAAGACAGCGUCACAACUUGUGGCAGUAGCAGUAUGGGCACGUGAACGUAAUACUGUCACAACAUAUCGAAUAUCUGACGAAGAUCUCACAGACGAAGGCUAUGAGCGAGGGUUGGCAGAUCGCCAAGAUUUCGUAGUCUUGCUAUCGCGAUCGCCUGGUGCCUGUACUCUUGGUCAAUGUUCGCUCAAGCUGGAUACAUAUGUUAGGGAAAGCGAUGGUGCCAUCGCUCACUUCGAAAAUGUUCGUGGAGCUCCAACAGAAUUCACGGAUAUGCAUGAUUCAUUUUAUUGUGCUCGACGACUCGGCGACUGCGGAGCAGAGCUACCGAUCUACAAAUUUACGAAGGGAACUGGACCGUCAAUGACCUUUGCGUAUUCAUUGGACCCAACAACACAUUUUCCUGGUUAUCCACGAGAUGGUAAAAUUCUUUGCUAUGGUUGGAGCGAUAAUGGCUCGAUAGUUCGACCAGUCUCACCAGAUCAUAAAGGUUGCCUUCGGUUGAAUUCUAUUGCAAAUGGGCAGAUCACCUAUUCCGCCGUCAAAUCCAUGAUCUACCCUAUCGGGACCACCGCAACUCUUGUUUGUGAUGAAGGCUAUAUGGGAGGUGGACAAAGCGCUGUGCUUUGCGUAAAGACUGGAUGGUAUCCAGCCACUGGACUUGGGCACUGCGUACCUCAAAAUGAAACACGAACGAAUGUGACCACAAAGUCAUCAGCAUCACUAGCAUGCGCAGCACUGGGUUCUAUCCAGAAUGGUCAAAUGCUCUACAGUGGUUCUGCUGUCGGAGGUCGUUUUCCACAAGGAACUCGUGCCACAGCCUUGUGCAAUCUUGGUUAUGAACCGUUCGGUUCCGCUGACAACGUUUGUAAAGGUGGAGAAUGGACUAAGAAAACAACUACCUGCCAAUCCAUUCUGCAGCCGAAAUGUCCCGCUUUGGUGCCACCAUUCGCCGGAAAGAUAAUAUACAACUCCAGCGCUCCAUAUCCACCGACGACUACGGCCAAGCUUUCUUGCGAUCUCGGUCUUUCAGUUGCAGGUCCUUCUGCGCUCGUUUGUGGUGAAGACGGGUGGUCACCGAAAAAACUUGGCAGCUGUAAGCACCUCCCAACAAGUGGACUUGGUUGUACUCCCGUCAGCGUUAUAGGCGGUACAACAACUUACAUCCAGUCCAACAGCGCCAUUCCAUACUCUUCUGGGACUUCUGUAUUUGUUAUGUGUAACGCGGGUUAUACUCCCCAAGGUUCUAUGUCGUCGCUUUGUCAAAAUGGAGUUUGGACGCCGCCUUUGGGAACCUGUAAUCCGUCAGCUGGAGGAGUCCUAAAUCCGCUAACUCCAGGCAGUACGAUAGGAACCUGCCCAGCCUUACCUGCUCCUCUAUCUGGCACCGUCAGCUACACUCCAAGCGGGAGCUUUGGUACUUAUCCAUCUGGGACCACCGCUUUACUCACCUGCAACCUUGGCUAUACAGUCUCCGGUACAUCAGCCAGUACCUGCUCUAAUGGUGUAUGGAUUCCUGCGACUCUCGGGACAUGCAUACAAGGUUUGGGAGGUCUUGGAACGAAUAGCGUACUCGAAUGUCCAAAUCCGAGUGUUAUCAAUGGACAGGUUACUUACUCAGGAGGAACAGGGAAUAUGCUCGAUUUCGAUAAACCAUCGGGCACUGUCGCGACGCUCUUGUGCAAUGCCGGCUUCACACCGUCCGGUGCCACCACUGCGACAUGCCAGGGUGGCACUUGGAUCCCAACUUUGGGCAUGUGCAUGGCCUCUUCGGGUGGCUUGCUUCCAGGAACGUCAGGACUGACUUGUCCGGCUUUACUUCCACCACUCGGUGGCACCAUCAACUACUCCUCUGGUAACACUUUGGGUCCAUUCAACUCUGGUACAGUAGCUACGCUUCGGUGCAACACCGGAUUCCCGCAAGGCGCCUCAUCGACCAGUUGUUUCAAUGGCCAAUGGACACCUGCAACUCUUGGGACGUGUUCAAGUGGCAUAGGUGGCAUCGGCGGUACCGGACUGACGUGCCCAUCUCUGCUUGCACCGCUUGGUGGGACGUUGACGUAUUCCUCGGCCAUUCCACCAUACCCAUCUGGAACCACAGUGACGUUGCAAUGUUCAAAUGGAUUUCCUACAGGCUCAUCCUCUUCUACAUGUCUAAAUGGUCAAUGGUCGCCGCCCAUCGGCACUUGCUCAUCUUCGACGUUGCCUGGCGUUGGAGGAUUAACCCAAACAUGCCCUGCAAUGAUCGCUCCCCUCGGCGGUACACUGAGCUACAGUCAGGGAGGGUUAUUUGGACCAUUUAACUCGGGAACUACGGUGACGUUGACCUGCACCAGUGGUUUUCCGCAAGGCGCAACUAUUUCCACUUGUUCGAAUGGUCAGUGGUACCCACCAACGCUUGGCACCUGUUCAACUACUAAUACUAUCGGUGGACUCGGCGGUACACAAUGCCCCGGUCUCAUCGCUCCUUUAGGGGGCACAAUUACCCAGACGAAUGGGUUUCCGGGCAGUCCAGCCCCACAAGGAACUACUGCCACACUUAACUGCCCCUCAGGCGUUCAGGGCGCAUCAAGCGUUUUCUGCUCCAAUGGGGCGUGGUCACCUCCGGCCCUAGGAACUUGUAAUCCUUCAACAGGAGGGCUUGGCAUUGGCACUGCAUCGGGAACAUCCUGUCAGAUCGCGCCAGCUCCUCCCUUGGGUGCAACCAUAUCAUACUCAAACCUAGCGCUGUUUCCACCGGUCCCGUCAGGAACAGUCGCUACUGCAAGAUGUAUCAAUGGUGCUUCUAUCAUAGGAACCUCCACAUCAACGUGUACCAAUGGACAAUGGCAGCCACCCACAUUUGGAACCUGUGGUACCCCAGGAGUUGGCGGGACUGGAACGGGAAUUGGAGGUCUCACGUGCCCGUCAGUGCAGCAGAUAGGCGGAACAGUAGAUUACAGUGAUGGUCCUUUCUCCGUUACACAUCCAUCUGGAUCCACUGCCACAUUGCUUUGCACCAAUGGAACCCCUUUGGGAUCUGCGCUGUCGACUUGUCAGAAUGGUCAGUGGACGCCACCCAUUGGGAGCUGCUCCACCACUGGAGUUGGAGGCAUUGGAGGCACCGGAGUGCAGUGCACCAUUGCUCCGACAGUGCCAUUUGGUGCAACCGUCAACUACUCUAAUGGAGCCAUUUUCGGCCCCUGGAAUAGCGGAGCAACAGCCACACUGACAUGUCCAUUCGGACAGACUGUGAUCGGUUCGCCUACAGCCACAUGCAACAACGGAGUCUGGUCACCUUUAGGGACGACAAACGCUCUUGCACCCUUUGGCAACACAUCGUUGCCGUGCUACUUCGGAGUUUUUGACCCAUUAAAUGGCAACAUUUCCUACUCCAGCCCCUCAGUACCGUACCCCUCUGGAACUGUUGCUACCCUGAUCUGUGACAUCGGGUACCGGGUAACGGGCUCUUCCACGGCCACCUGCACAAACGGCUUCUUCUCUCCCAUCGGCACUUGCGUAAAAUAA